AUGAAUGGGAACUAUGGCAACAACGCCAGCCUCUUAUCCCCGACCCAGGCUGUGGGUCCGGGCGGGAGACAGAUCAUGGAGGGAUACAGGAAAGACAUAAUGAAUGGCUUCGCGCAGGACCAGCCGCGCUACAAUCCCUUGAAUGUAGACCGGACACAGAGCUCGCCCCACGUCGACCUCAAGGAUCCCAUCCAAGUGCACCUGCUCACCGAGACCGCCCUGACUGACAGCAAAGAAUGGGAGAUAUUGGCGCAGGAAGAGGUGGAUGACCUCAAGAAACAGAUCCAGUCCUUGACGGUGCGCAUCGAGCAGGCGCGGGCAAACCUGGCGAUACAGACGAAAUAUCGAGAUGCCGCGAUAUCAAUGUCCAAGUUAUACACGGCCGGGAAAAGGGGAAACCGAGCCACUGCCGAUCCAACCGCCCAAGAAACGGCGGUUGAGAGACAGGAAAGCGAGCAAAGGUGUGAGGAACUGGCGACAGAGUUAUUCAACCUGGAGAAAGAAAUACUGGCGCCGCAACGCCGCCUGCUUCAGCAUACGGCUGCAAUCUUGCAACUCACUCACAAGGCGUCCUCCAAACGAAAGCCACCUCCGGCCAUGCUUAAUGGCAUGCCCGGAAGUCCGGAGAGUCUUUACACGUACACAAAUGGGCGGAACAGCAUGCAAUUCCCCAGCGAUGAUCUGGACCGGGAACUGUACUUCCCGCUCGAUGAGCCCGAGACCUUUGGCCGGUCGCUUAAGAGCGACAUACCGAUACCACCGCGAUCACCGGUGCGGGAGCGUUCGAAUCAGUUGCGUGACGAGGUGGAAACAUUGAAAAAGCAGAACUCUGGGCACUUGGAUGUUAUUACUACUACGGAGCGAAGUCUCGAGGACCUCAACAACCGUCUGCGAGACUUGGUGGUUCAAAUGAACCCCACGAACAACGGAGGCUACAAGCCAGCCCCUGCCGGGAACUUCGAGCCUGGCGAGUUGGUCAGCAGUCAGCUUGAUUAUCUCGCUGAGGCCUUGUCAACCAUUCAGCGGGAUCAGGAAGGACAGCCGCGUUCUGACAACAACUCGAUGGUAAUGCUUCAGGUCGAGGACAGAUUAGACGCAUUGAGCCGACAGGUGUUUCGAGCCGUUCAGGCUGUCGAUGAGAGCCAGCCACCUCCGCCCUUGGCUAAGGAUUCGGGCAUCCAGGAGCGUUUCGACUGGAUCGAGUCGGCAGUGCCAGUCUUGCAAACGUCAAUGGACAAGGACUCUUCAGCAAGCGCCGCACAGAUCGAGACUGUUCUUACUGGGUUGUGGGAUAUCAUCCAAUCAGGAUACGCGGAUAUCAACCGACAACGGAAUGCUCGAAGAGAAGUGCGUCUCGGCAAAGGAAUGCCAGACGAUGAAGACGACGUAUCCGCGGAUGAAGCCUUUGACUUCGAUGAGCCCUACUCGUUGGACGCUUUCUCUGCAAAGGUGCAGUGGCUGUUCCGACAGGCAACGAGUUUAAAGGAGCAAAAGUCGGUGCUCAAGAGACAAAUCAGACAGCAGCGUGAUCUGAAUGGCAAGGGAGAUUCCGAGAAGGACGUGGAGCUACGAAACAAGGUUGAGGAGCUGAAUCGGACCAAGAACCUCCUGGCGUUCUGCGAGGAGUCUGCCCAACAGUCCAAGACGGAGGCCGCAGAAGCUCAGGAGAAGCUGGCCCGGGCCCUUGCGGAUCUGGACUCAUUACAGGUUACGCAAGCAGCUAACGAGACUGCUGCCACCUCAGCCGUACAGGAUCAACUCCGGGAGCGGAACGCCAAAAUUGUGUCUCUGGAGUCGGAUGCCAAAGCCCUGCAGGACAAGCUGGAGAUUAUUGAGGCGCAGCUGGGCAGCAUGAAUGAGCAGCUGAAAGAGGCGGAUGACACCAAGAAGGCCGCACAGGAUGAGAAGUGGAAGCUCGAGGAGCAGAUCAGGGUCAAGGACGAGGAGAUGGAGCAGCUCAACGUGACGAUGGUCGAGAUCAAGACGGAGCUGACCAUCGCCAGGGCAGAGCUCGAGGGAGCCUACGGGUCUCGCUCAGAGCGGGCGGCCGAGGCGGCCGCGCUGACCAAGAGCUCUCAGAUGCAGAGCGUGGUGGAGCAGUCGGAGAAGCUGAAGGCCGAGCUGGCCGCCACGCUCAAGGACCUCGAGGAGCUGACCAAGGAGACGCUCGCAGCUGAGAAGGAGAAGGUCGAGCUGGAAGGCCGCCUGGACGACGCCGAGUCGACGCGGUCGACCCUGGAGAGUGAUAUUGCUGCGCUGAGGACCAGGUACAACUCGGAGAUCACGAAGCUUAAGGAGCAGCUGGACGCCGAGAAGUUCAAGGCCGGGACGAAUGCCUCAGGCACAGGCCCCAGGGCUGGCGCUUCUAUGCUCAGCGAGCAGUUCAGAGCGACGAUGAAGGAGGAGAGAAGGAAGUUCCAGGAAGAAAUCAGGGAAGAACAAAACAAGCGCAGAAAGCUGGAGGAGGAGCUCCGGGCGCUCAAGAAGUCGGCCGGGCGGGGCUCGAGCCCGCUCACGCCACGGUAA